AUGGGGACUGACGGCAUGGACAGAGAUGUUGCAAACUCAAAACCAAAUGUCAGAUUUGCUACGCCUCAACGACUAACCGUUACUCAUCCCACUACAUCAUCACCGCUGCAUAUGCCUAUGUCGAGAUCAACGAGAAAGCCUCUUGUAAGGACCAAAAUAAGACUAGAUCCCGGACACAGCGCUCUGGACUGGCACUCUCUAACCUCCAAUCCAGCAAAUUAUUAUACAAAGUUCGUUUCGCUACAACUUAUUCAGGAUUUACUGGAUGAUCCGGUAUUUCAAAAAGAUAAUUUCAAGUUUUCACCCUCUCAGCUGAAAAACCAGUUGCUUGUCCAAAAGAUCCCUCUUUAUAAAAUAAUGCCACCCUUAAGAAUAAACAGAGAAAUUGUAAAGAAGCAUUGUAAAGGUGAGGACGAGUUAUGGUGCGUUAUAAACAAUAGGGUCUAUGACAUUUCCAGUUAUUUAAAGUUCCAUCCAGGUGGCACGGACAUCUUAUUAAGACACCGUAAUAGUGAUGAUUUGAUUACAUAUUUUAAUAAGUAUCAUCAAUGGGUGAACUAUGAAAAAUUAUUACAGGUUUGUUUCAUUGGCAUUGUAUGUGAAUAA